AUGGUGAUCAAGCUGGGCCUGGAGCGCAUGCAAGGCCUCUACGGGAAAAGCCCCCAGCUGUGGAAAGCCAUUCACGUAGCCGGGACCAACGGAAAAGGCUCCGUCUGCUCGUACGUCUCGUCCCUUCUCGCCCACUCUAAAAUCUCAUACGGUCGCUUCACCUCACCCUUCAUACGGCGGCCAGAGGACUCCAUUCUCAUCAACAAUGCCCCGAUACCCUCUGAUCUGUUUCGCUCGUUCUACUACGGCGCCGAUAAGGUGUCGCCCGCCGACAAGCCGACUCACUUUGAGCGUAUGACGUAUGCGGCCUUUGCCGCCUUUGACGAGUUCAAGGUCAAAUAUGGCGUCGUCGAGACUGGGCUGGGCGGUCGCCUCGAUUCGACUAAUGUGAUGCGAAACAAGGCGGUGACGGUCAUUACCAAGAUCGGCGUCGACCAUCAAGAGUACCUCGGCGACACCAUUGAACAGAUCGCUGCCGAGAAGGCCGCCAUCAUGAAUGGUGCACCCUGCGUUGUCAAUGGCCGUAAUUCUCCUGCUGCGCUUGAAGUCAUUCUAGACAUGGCGCGACAGGUCGGCUCCAAAGUUAUCCUGUCAACGGACGACUCGCGACUCAGUCAGGAGGCCGCGUCUCUUUCCGGAACUUGGCCGCAGCACGUACUCGACAACGCGAUAUGCGCCAUCAAGGCCUGCGAGCAGCUUGAGGAGUACCGCGAUUCUUCACUCAGCAUAGCCGAUCUUUUGCAACUCCCCAGUGUCCAUAUGGAGGGGAGACUACAGAAGGUUGACAUCAGCUCGACGGCGCCUGGGAGCCGGGAGGGGAGGACCACUCCCAUCAUCCUCGACGGCGCGCAUAACGUAGACGCUGCCAUUGCCCUUGCAAAACAUGUGGAUCAACAUCUAAGAACUACCAAAACCGAUACACAAAAACCUAUCACUUGGGUGAUAGGAAUGUCGAGUCCAAGAGAAGACACUGCUUCUGAAAUCCUACAGCCCCUCCUACGGCCCCAAGACAAGAUUGUCUUGAUUGAGUACGAUCACCCCGUACGCCCAAAGACUAGCGCAAGUUCUUCGGACCACUUUCUCUCUUUCCGACCACUGCCGCUAGACAUUGCAAAGUUGGAGUCCGCAGUGAAGUCAUUACCAGGCUUUGACGCUUCGCAAAGCCAAGUUGUAGGCUGCAUCGUUGUUUGCUGCCACGGAAUCUGGCUCGGCGGCAAGUCCCUCGGACACGACGAGUCAGAAUGGCUCAUCGCAGCCUUCCAAAAGGGUGAAACGCCCACCUUCAUCGAACACAUCAAGGCCGGCCUCCAAUGCAUAGCAGAGGACAAAAAUGCAGUCCUCAUGUUCUCAGGAGGCCCGACCCGCAAAGAGACCCAACUCACAGAAGCAAAAAGCUACGCCAAUAUCGCCAUCCAAAACAACUUCUUCAGCAUCAUCCCUCCCACCGAAGCCCACAGGAUCCUCGUCGAGGAGCGCGCCCUCGAUUCCUAUUACAACGUCCUCUUCUCGAUCCUCGAGUUCUGGCGCCUGCACGAUUGCAUCUGGCCCGAACGUCUUACCGUCGUCAGCCAUGCUUUCAAGAAGUCGAGGAUCUACGAUGGUCACUGCGCUGCCAUUGGGUUUCCUCUCGAGCGGGCUAGGUAUGUGGGCGUUGAUCCGGCGGAGAUGGUAGAGGGCAGUGCGGCCAAAGAGGGUGCUUUGAAGGGUGUGGAGAUUGCGCUGAGGCAGUGGACUGAGGAUCCUCAUGGCAUUGGGGAGGCGUUGGCUGGUAAGAGGAGGGCGCGGAACCCUUGGGGUAUUAACCAGGAUCUAUUCUUAGAUGACAAGGGGCGAGAACGAAGCGGAGUUGUUACUAUUCGCAUUGACGAUGGUCACGAGGUUUUGAAGCCAGAAUCCCCACGUCCGUGGUAA